GCCCCAUAAAAGCAGCCAAACUGUUCGACAACGGCCUCAAGUUGGAUAUUUCCAGCUAUCCCCACAUGAAUAUACGCAUGGGUACCAAGGGCAAGCGACCUCUGCGCAGCUUGACCCCUCGCGACAAGAUCCAUGCCAUUCAGCGAAUUCAUGAUGGCGAAUCUAAGGCAUCGGUGGCCCGUGAUAUCGGCGUGCCUGAGUCCACACUACGAGGCUGGUGCAAAAACGAAGACAAGCUCCGUUUUAUGUCGCGACAAUCAGCAGCGGAUAAGAUGUGCGCCGACGCCUUAGCAGAUAAGCUGGAGGUGUCUAAUGGGCUGCUGGGGCCACCGGAAAAGCGCCAGCGUCUGGAUAACUCCUUACCUCUCAACUUUUCCAGCAAAAUUAACUUUGAUGAGCUUGCCUUCAAGCGCUCCCCGAUAAACGGGUUAGACUACAGCACAAACAAGACGCACUCUGACAUGACCUACAAUGGAUUGCCCGUCGACUAUGUAAACUUCAACGGCGCAGUGAAGGGCAAAGUGUUUGGCGCCGACAUCUCACGACCGGGUCCAGCAGAUCCCUCCCUGAAUGCCAUAAGUCCGCUUUCUAGCCUAACACACCUGUCCGGCCUGACGGGCAUAUCGCAGUCUCCUUUAGCCGUUAGUUUUAAUGAGCUGACCUCCAAUCUCAACCUACUUGCGCAGCUGAAUCCCAGCUUGGCGGCUAUGUCUGGGCUGAAUAGCUUUGCCGCCACAGCAAACUCGCUACGCAAUAAUAAGCUAUCCACAGAAUUACCGAUGCAACUACAGAGUCCACGCAGUGAGAAUGGUGAACGAGAGCGCGAACAUAACUCAGGGCUCACUGUGAAAAACUGGGCAAAACAAAAACCAGGUGGAGCCACACCUACAGCAACAGAUCUCAGCAGUGGAGCUGGCGACUUAAAAAGCAUGAAGAGUACAAGUCCUUCGCUGGCGCCCUCGCUAGUGGGUUGCAUGGCACCGCUCUCCAGCCUACCUGACGAUCCUCUGCUCUACUGGCUGAAGUCACAGCAAGCAAUGCUUGGAUUAAAUAGCUUGUAUCCUCCACCUGUGGCCUUGGGUGUACCAAGUCCGCCCAUACGCUCGUCCACACCACAACAUCAGAUUAGCCAAUUUGCAAACACGCCCCCUAUGACAUCAGCAUCGCUUACACCAUCGUCCACGCCGUCCGGCAGUCUGGACGACAAAAAUGCGGCGUGGUACAACUGGUGUAAGGCUUUUGGUGCCAGUCUCCACUCACUCAAUCCAAACGCAGCCACCUUAGCCGCUCUCCAAGCUAACCCUCAGCUACAACAAAGCUCAGCCGCUGAGAGUUCCAGCAGAGAAGGCGACAGCGAAAAGACACCCUACGACAAUAUUUUAUACUCCCAGCUUACCAAAGCCGCGUCCCCUGCGCCCUCGCUACGCAGUCAAUCUUCAAACGAUCGACACCAGGCAGCAGGCUUGCAGGAUCCAGAGGCAGACAACAAUAUCGAUGGCUAUGGUGGCGAUGGCAAUGGUAAGCCUGAAGACUUGUCGGCCAGAUCAGUGAAAACAGCUGGCAGCUCCAAUCCCAGCAUCAGUGCCAGUCCGGCUAAUAAUAGCCGCGAUCACAGUCCAGAGCCAGCGAGUAGUGGGCAGCGGUCAGAGAGCAACGGGGCGAAUAAUGUGGGGGAAGAUUGCAAGAGUGUGCUCAACAAUAUCAUAUAUAAGAUCGGUGGCUUGAGCUCGGCCACGCCCAUGGGCGGUGAAAUGGGAAGCUGCGAGUCAGAUGCUAGCUUCACCAGUGAUAGCCAAAUACAUAACAACAACGAUGUCAGCGCCAGCAACAACAAUAACAAUUCGAACAAAACUGAUGAGGAGGAGCGCGUCAAGUGCCUGGAUAUAGAGGAGGUGGUUGCCAUCAGGCACGGCGAAAAGUUCCUGCAAUGGCUUGAAAGCUGCAGCAAUCCCCGCGUUACCGCUGUGCAGCUUAUGCAGCUCAGAUUCCUGCUUGCCGCCAUAAAGUCAAACAGUGAGGCACAGUCUCAAAGUCACGCUAAUAGGACGUUAGCCAAUAGAUCGACAGAUAGGGAUAGCGAGGACAAUUCGCACGAGGACACGGGUAGAAGCAAGAGCCGUCGUCGUAAAUAGGAUAAACCGAAGUUGGCGCCUUCGGAGCCAAGCACGGAUACAGGCAUCAAGACUUUGGCAAAUACAGAAGUAGUUAGGGGUAUUCAGUCGAGUAAAUUCUGCAACGUCCUGCAAAGGAAUCAGUCUCCCUCAAUUGGUUGCCAGCAGCGAUUUGCACCGGCGAUUUAUCAAUCAUCGGCUACGUUGCUCAGCUCGCUGAUCUUUCCACCCUACGAAUUUGUACACUGCGACCUUGACGAUGACCCUGACGACUGCCAAAUAACGGGUGAAUACCAACAGUCAGAGGAGCUGACUCCGAGCAGCGACAACCAUAUUCAGAAUGAUCGCGAUCCAAAUCUAGACUAAAAUCUAACUGAUUUCUUCCAAACCAUAUUAUGA